ACUCUGGAGGGGGGACAUGUGUUUUCAUGCACGAAAUCAUAUUUUCUAGCUCGUUUAAAAAUACUAUUACUGUUAGCUCAUGUUUUACUCGUAAGUUUUAACAGUUACCCUAUACUGGUUUUAUUGUCUCCGGUGACAAGAGUUGGAAUAAUCUCAACAGAAACACGUGAGAAAGGUUGUUUGUUAGCUAGCUAACUACUGUAGCCUUCUCGUCAGGACAGCAUGGGGCCCGUAAUAAAACUCAUUGCUGGUAGUUACGAGCAGAUCGCCUUUGGUUACCGGUUGUCUACGGGUGAACAGGAGUGGACAGCCACAGCAGACUUCACCCACCAUGCCCACACUGCCUCAGUGUCCGCGGUGGCCACCAGCGAGAGGUAUAUCGCUACAGGAAGCAGAGACGAGACCAUCCAGAUCUACGACAUGAAGAAGAGGGUUGAACAUGGAGCUCUGCUGCAUCACGACGGUACCAUUUCAUGUCUGGAGUUCUAUGGCACCUCCCACCUGCUGAGUGGAGGACAGGACGGGCUGCUGUGUGUUUGGAGCACCAGGAACUGGGAGUGUCUUAAGUCCAUCAGAGCACACAAAGGUCAAGUUACGUCACUGUCCGUCCAUCCCUCAGGGAAACUGGCCCUGACUGUCGGCACAGACAAGACACUCAGGACGUGGAAUCUAAUCGAUGGAAGAUCGGCUUUCAUCAAAAACAUAAAACAGAAUGCGGUGAUAGUGAAGUGGUCUCCUGAGGGGGAUAAGUAUGUGGUAGUGGUCAGCGACAAGGUGGACGUUUAUAACCUGGAAACAGCGACUCUGACAUCAACCAUCAUCAACCCCAAGAGGAUUUCAUCCAUCAAGUUCCUCACUAAUUACAUCCUGGCCGUAGCCGGGGACGACGAGACAGUCAGGCUGUGUGACGUCAACACUCAGAAGGUGCUCUGUGAGUUUGAGGCUCAUGAAACCAGGGUGAAAUCAGUGGACAGUUUCACCAUGGAUGACUUCUGUGUUCUGGUGACGGCAUCAAACGAUGGCUUCAUCAAAAUGUGGAAACUUAACCUUGAGUCCUUGGAGCCUCCGGUCCUCCUGGGGAAGGUGAAUACAACAGCUAGGUUAACCUGUCUGGCCGUGUGGAAGCCCACCACUCUACAGGAGCCUCUCCCGGAGGUCAAAACGGAACCUACCACCUCUCACGACGCCAAGGAUGUACUGGAGCUUGAGAGGAAGAGGAAGAGGGUCAGGAUCUCGACUGUGGAAGUGGUCCAAGAGGAAGAUGCUUCACCCAAGAAGAAAAAAGAUGGUGGGGAAAAAAAGCUGAAAACUUAAUAAAAAAAAUGUAUUUUC